CUGGGGAGGGGGCGGGGGGACGGCUCGCUCGCUCGCUCGCUCGCUCGCAAGAUGGCGGACGAGGACGGGGAAGGGAUUCACCCUUCAGCCCCUCAGCGGAACGGCGGCGGCGGAGGCGGCGGCGGGUCCGGGCUCCUGGGCGCCGGGAACGGCGGCGGGGGCGGCCCGCGGGUGGUGCGCAUCGUCAAGUCCGAGUCUGGCUAUGGCUUCAACGUCCGGGGCCAAGUGAGCGAGGGCGGGCAGCUGCGGAGCAUCAACGGGGAGCUGUACGCGCCGCUGCAGCAUGUGAGCGCCGUGCUGCCCGGGGGGGCGGCCGACCGUGCCGGGGUGCGCAAGGGGGACCGCAUCCUGGAGGUGAAUGGCGUGAAUGUGGAAGGGGCAACACACAAGCAGGUGGUGGAUCUGAUCCGAGCUGGUGAAAAGGAAUUGAUCUUGACAGUGUUAUCUGUACCUCCCCAUGAGGCAGAUAACCUUGAUCCCAGUGAUGAUUCAUUGGGACAGUCCUUUUACGACUAUACGGAAAAGCAAGCGGUGCCCAUAUCAGUCCCCACAUAUAAACAUGUGGAGCAGAAUGGCGAGAAGUUUGUGGUGUACAAUGUUUACAUGGCAGGAAGGCAGCUGUGCUCUAAGCGGUACCGGGAGUUUGCAAUCCUGCACCAGAACCUUAAACGAGAGUUUGCCAACUUUACUUUUCCUCGCCUGCCAGGGAAAUGGCCAUUCUCAUUAUCAGAACAACAGUUGGAUGCCCGACGUCGUGGGUUAGAGGAGUACCUGGAGAAAGUGUGUUCAAUACGAGUCAUUGGUGAGAGUGACAUCAUGCAAGAGUUCCUCUCGGAGUCAGAUGAGAACUACAACGGCGUGUCAGAUGUCGAACUGAGAGUGGCUUUGCCAGAUGCUACCACAGUGACAGUCCGAGUUAAAAAGAAUAGCACCACAGACCAGGUGUAUCAGGCUAUUGCAGCAAAGGUUGGCAUGGACAGCACGACUGUAAAUUACUUUGCCUUGUUUGAGGUGAUUAAUCACUCCUUUGUACGUAAGCUGGCUCCCAACGAAUUCCCCCACAAACUCUAUGUCCAGAACUACACGUCAGCUGUGCCAGGCACCUGCCUGACUGUCCGAAAAUGGCUCUUUACUACAGAAGAAGAGGCACUGCUGAAUGACAAUGACCUUGCAGUUACCUACUUCUUCCAUCAGGCUGUUGAUGAUGUGAAAAAAGGUUAUAUCAAAGCAGAGGAAAAAUCGUACCAGUUACAGAAGCUUUGUGAACAGAGGAAGAUGGUUAUGUACCUCAACAUGCUUAGGACCUGUGAGGGCUACAAUGAGAUUAUCUUCCCCCACUGUUCCUGUGACUCUAGGAGGAAGGGACACGUCAUCACAGCCAUCAGCAUCACGCACUUUAAGCUACACGCCUGCACAGAAGAGGGACAGCUUGAGAACCAGGUAAUAGCAUUUGAAUGGGAUGAGAUGCAGCGAUGGGACACAGAUGAAGAGGGCAUGGCUUUCUGUUUUGAAUACGCAAGAGGAGAGAAGAAACCUCGAUGGGUUAAAAUCUUCACACCAUAUUUCAAUUACAUGCAUGAGUGCUUCGAGAGGGUGUUCUGCGAACUCAAGUGGAGGAAAGAGAACAUUUUCCAGAUGGCCAGGUCACAGCAGAGGGAUAUGGCCACUUAGCCCUCUCCCUUCCUUUCCCUUCCUUCCCUUGAUAUGGUCCUUUUCCCCUUCCACUCCCUGUCAGACAGAGUAACCAUUAACACUUACAAAAGAGGAGAAAAAGGAAAAAAAAAGAAAGUCAUUGUAUUAAAAAGCCCUAAGCUGAAUAUUAAUAACCCCUUUGUGAAUUUCAUGUCUAUGGAAUUGAGCUGGUAGAAAACAUAGGAUGGUGAGCACCAGAAGCCAACCAAGUUGUCAUAUGGAAAAACAAACGCGCCCAACCAAGCCACCAAAGGCGUUUUUGUCUUUUGCCCAGGCCUCACACCAACAGACUCUCCUUGGACUAUAUUUUUAAAACUGGAACUACGAACUCCAUCCAUUUGCACUGUUCAAACAUAUAUAUGUAUGUAUGUAAAAAAAAAUUAUAUAUAUAUAUAUACACACACACACAAAUUAGCUGCACGUAUAUACAUAUAUAUAUAUUUCUUUUUAAAUUUCAUAUUGAUGGCAGUACCUUUUUUAGCUUGCAUUUUUACACACCUUUCACCAGAUUUCAUUACUCUUGUCUCUCUUGCUCUUUUUUCCUUUGAAACAAACUUUUAAAAAAAUUACAGGGAAAAUACCUCUCCUCGUGAAAGACUUGAAAAGUUUACAACCUGCUUGGGUUUUGUAUUUCUUCCUUUAUUUGCGUUGGGUGCAGUUUCUGGCUAGAGGUUGACAUGGAGCCUAAAAGGCAAGCAAAACAUGUUCUUUUUGCCUUCCAAGAAGAUGAAGAGCAGAGCUGAUGGGAAAGGGGAAAGAAUGGCUAAAGGAAUAGCCUGGCAAGGAUAGUGUACUUAGUCAAAAGACUCAAUCAAGGCCUCUUCUUGGCUCAGAGAAAGAUGCUCCAACCCCCAUAUCCCUUUUGUUCCUUACCUUUCCCCAGCCAUGUUCCACCUCUCUUCCCUGUUUCUCUGAGGACCUUUCCCCAGCUUCCCCAGCAUCCUGGGCUUAGGCAUUGAUAUAUGGAGUGGACACAUUGUGUGGUCCAUUUCCUCCAAAAAACCCAGGCAUGCCUUGUGGUGGUCAUGUUCCUCUGUCUGCCCUCAGAAUCAUUUUUGCCAGGAACAGUGGUAAAGGACAGUUCUAGCCCCGAGAGUUUUAGACGUGAAACUUGGCUUUGUAUGGAGGAAGAAAAAAGAAGUAAUACCCUGUACAUCUUAGAAACACCUUGCCCAACCGGCGCACCAUCAUCCCUAUCUGUUACAAGGUUUAGAACAGCUUCCUGGGGCAGCAGGGGUAGAGAGGGAUUUGUUCAUCGUGAAUAAGUGAUACCCUCAACUCUUUGCUUUGCCAACUGACCCCAACCCUUCGCUAUUAAAUCAGUUGAGUUCCCAGGCAGGAGCCCCAUCACAGAAAACAUGGAUGACAGAAAUUGAGAAACACAGGGGAAAGAGCAACCUUUUCCACCCAGAGAGCCCAUUCUGACUUGUUAGACCUUUGAGACAAAAAUAGCUGCUUUUGAGGGGCUCUAUGUGGUGAGGCAUUCACAACACUAGGGUAGCAUCUGAUGCUCCAGUUUACACUUUUCAAGCUCCCGCCGCUUCCCCUCACUCCCCCCCCCCAAUCCUGAGGGGAGCCUGGUCAGUUUUAUGGAAAGUCAUUCUAACAUUAAGACUAUUAAGUAUGUCUUGAGCAGGGCUUGGAGGGGUUUGGAAUGCAUUUUUAUGAUAUGUAUUUCAGAACCAGAAAUGUGUUUGCAGAACGUUGUGAGUCUACUUUUCUUCCUCUCUUUCCCACCUUGUCUUCCUGGCAUCUCCCCACCUGAUGAUUUGGGUCUGCAUAGAACACCUCUCCACUGCUAACACUGCUCACUCAGGUGGACAUGGAAUCAGACUUUGCAGAACUCAAGAAUGUGCUGAAAGUUUAAAGUGGCAGGAAGCGACUCCAGAUUUGAAGGCUUUCACACAGGAUUAACUUUGUCAUUUGGGUUUUUAACCAAUUUAAGGCUGAGCCAAAAGCUUUGGAAAGAGAAAAUGUUGGUUUCUUCCUCUAAGUCCCUAGGAGGUUUUUGGCCACAGUUAGUCAAAUUUCAAAAUGAUAGAAACCUGCCCUUCUCUGUCAUGGGGAGGGACAGACCAACCAGAGAAUCCGAAAACAGAAAGGUUGCUGGCCUCAGAAUAGUGAGAGAGACAUAGUUAAUGUCAUUUGGAUUUGUCUGCCCUCUAUGCAUGGUGGUAAAAAGACCCAACACUGGGGAAGAAGAGAUGAGGGAGCAAUGCCUUCCACAUAUGUAGUUUUGAUUUUCUCUCUAAAUUCACCCCCUAAAUCUCUACAGUAUGCUACAGCUGCUGUGGGCCCUUCCUGGGCCCUAUGGGAAAAUGCCCCAAAGUCUGAUGUUAUGGUCUGUGGGCAAUCCCCUCUUGAAGCUGCCGCAUGAACAAAAAAGCAUCCCAUUUGCAGUAGGGAUGAAGAGAGUGGGGUCCCCCCCCAAUUAUACCUCAGGUUUCUGGUGGCAAAGGUCAGCAUGGCCCCAGGAACUUGCAGGUUAGGAAAAGGAGCCCCUCUCUCCAUGAGCCAGUGCUAGUUAGGUCUGACAAGCGCCUCUCCCUCAUUUGUAGUUCCCUCUGCUCCUUUCCUUGCUGGGGUUGGCAUAGUCCAAAUGUAUCCCCCAAUAGAGCCAGCAGGGUCUUCCUGGCGCCGCCCCCCCCCCCCCCCCAAUUUCUCCGAGGUAAGUAGAGAGCGCUUUGGAGACUGAGGAAGAGAAUGGCCCUGGCAUACUCCUGCUUUCUAGAGAGGUGCUCUUUGGCCCCGUCUCCCAUUUCCCAAGACCCGUAAUCUUCAGUUAGUCUUCAUGUCUUUACACUUUGCCUAAGCUUUUGAUAAUUUUUGAAUGGUUCUGUGCUUUUCCGGGCUCCAUUCCUAAAUCCCCUAGGGAAUCCGCUCAGCUACGGUACAGAUCUGAGGGCUUUCAUGGUAGCUUCUAGGCCUAGGCCGAGUUCUAAUGGAGGAAAUGGAACCGUCCCAGCCCUGGCCUGCUUAAAUAACUUUUCUGUUGACUGGGCCAGGUGAGUCCCCUACAGGCUUACCUUAGUUUCCCUUUUAGGCCCAACGCAGCAUCUAAAAUAGUAGGCUAGGGCCCCUCCGAUGGGCUUUUCCUAUCCCGUUCCUAAGUGUACUAGCUUGGGGGUCUGGCUCCUAGGCAGCAGCUUUCCCCAAGGUCUUGGGGAACCUUCCUGCCAUGGUCACUCUUCUGCUAAGGAGACUGCCAUACCCUAAAGCUGUGGGCUAGGUUGAUUAUUAGCUUCGGAGGACCCUAGAGCUGGAUCUCCAUAUGCCUUCCCGGUAUUCCUUCCCAUAUUCAGUGGCACUUUAUGAGGGAGAAGUGGCAGUGUGCUUGGAGGAAGAGCAAGUUUUUGCCGUUAGAGGUGGGUAUUGGGGAUACACUGAACUCCCCUUUCCCCCCACUCUUCUCUCUCUUCACACCACUUUCCCCCAGAUCUAAGCAUGUUUUUUCCAGGCCUCAUUCAUACCAGGACAGCAUUGGGUUGCUUUCCAAGGUAAUAAUUUGCAAUGCGUGGACAGUCCAGGACUUUGGAAAGGGAACUUAAAAGAAGAGAGAGUGGGAGGUUUGGGCCAACUGCUAACAUGGAAACCAAUGUUGUAUCAUGUUCCCCCUUUUGAACUUAUGAUCUGGUCUCAGCUUUCCCCAGGCCAUGCACUCUUUUAAUUUAUUUGAGAGAAACUCUUAAUUGUAUUUUCACUGCAGUAUCUUGUAUUUUUUAUUUGUGAUUUAAGAAAUGUGAAGAGAAAACACACAAUGGCUAACAGUGUUUCUUUCAUUCCUUGUUCUAGAGCUAACCACUCUAAAAUCGUUUGGUAAUGUCACUUAGUGUAAUUAAUUGUAACAUAUUCUUUUAAAUAAAUUGAUUUAUUGAUGAAA